UGGUACUCAUCACUUACCGCGCUCCACAACUUACCACUCCAGGCUAAUUUCAAUGGGAGCCCAGCUCUGCUGAGGAGUCAAUAUAUUGACCAAUCACCAUGAAGGGGGUGGAGUUUAUCGUACGGAAUGCGGAGGCACUUUUUGACAGUCACGUCAUGAUUACAUUAAGACAGUGAGACAGCACUAACUGUCUUCGCCCAUCAACCUCAGGCUGGACUUGACUGAAUUUCCCUUUUUUUUCCAAAGAUAAGUCUUUACCUCGUCGUUAUUUCUAUAACACUGUUUCCAACUUUUUGUUUUCUGUUGCUAGUUAGCUAGCCGUAAUUCAACUUUUGUCGAGUCAGUCAGGCAACUUCGCCGUUGGUUUCAGUUGGAAAAGACUCCUUGUUUCACCAUGGCCCAAAACAACUCUUCUUUCCCGGUGCAACUGUACGUUUACGACCUGUCCAGGGGAAUGGCUCGCGAGCUGAGUUCUCUAUUCCUAGGGAGACAGGUAGACGGCAUAUGGCACACAGGUGUUGUUGUCCACGGAAAAGAGUUUUUCUUUGGUGGAGGAGGAAUCGCCCACUGCCAACCUUGUGGCACUGUACUGGGCCAGCCGAACUCAAUAGUGGAUUUGGGUUACACCGAGGUGAAUGAAGAUUUGUUUCAGGAGUAUCUGGACUCGCUGGCUGAGUCAGAGUACAGAGGUGACAAGUACAACCUGUUUGAGCACAACUGCAACACCUUCAGCAACGACGUGGCUCAGUUCCUCACCGGCAAAACGAUCCCGUCGUACAUCACAGACCUUCCAUCCGAAAUACUCUCCAGUCCGCUUGGCCAGGACCUCCGCCCGCUCUUGGACUCCUUGGCCAUAAAUCCAGGAGGAAACAUCACUGGACAGCGAUAAAUAAAGCUAUGCAUACAGAAGAAUGCACUUGAUAACCUUUGUGCCAGCAACCUCUGCUACCAGUCACAUUUACAGCUAAGCUGCUAUCACCAGGGCCCUUACUCUUACUGUUUUCAAAAAAAAAAUCACCUUCAAGGUUUGUUUCUGCAUGUAAACACAUCGCAAGGAAUACCAGCAAACUAAGCCUGUGGACAAAAAAAAUAAUAAUUCACUCUAAGUUAGCUUUUGUUCAUAAACUUGUUCAGCCAAAAAUCAGUUUCCUGCUGUAGAAUAGUUUUGAAAUCGUCCCAUUAAAGGUGAGGUUUGUCGACCAUUUCCUUAAGGUGCUCUGCUAGGUAGAGGUUUUAACAUCAAAAGCUUCUGUUCUUACUAAAUGUUGGUCUUUUUCUGUGUCUCUAAAUGGUGACAGCUGACAACUGUCUUCAACAUAGAUGUCUAGCUAAAAUAAAAUGUAAAAAAAAAAAACCUAGCUAGCAUAGCUACACAACUAGCUACGUAUCUAGCUACAUAUCUAGCCGUCGGUCUACUUAAACACAUUGCGAAGAAACAUUUUAAAAAAUCGACUAUCUAAUGGUUUCCCUUUAGAGUUUAUGGGGACCGUUUGUUUUAGCUGCUGAUAAGUAUAAAUUAAGAAUCUAUGAAGCUCUUUACUGCUUAGCUUGUGGUAUUA